AUGUCAGACUCCGCUCCUGUCGCUUCUUCAUCCACUGCACCGGUACUAGUAUCGGUGGCAGCAUCGAGGAAUGGUCGGACACCUGGAAAAGCUCAUAAAGGUGAAAAAACAGCUUUGAAAAGGUCUUACAUCUCAAACGCUGUCAAAACUCCAUAUGAGAAAAGAAGAGAGAAAGAUAGACAACAAGAAUCCAUGAAAGCUGUUGAAAAAGAAUUGAAAGAUGAUAAACAAGCUGAAAAGGAUAGGAAAGUGACCGCUAUCAAAGAGAGAAGAGAAAGAGUUGCUGAAAGACAAAGAAUGGAAGAAAUGAGAGCUAAGAUGUCAGCCAAGAAACUACAAAGGAUGAAAAAGCGAAUGGGAAGAACAAAGAAGAUCAAUGGAUAG